AUGGCCGGCAUCUGGCCCGAUGACAUCCGCUGCGUCGCCCUCAUCACGUUCGACGUUGACGGCAUCACCUCCUGGCUGAACCGGAAUCCCGAUUUCAUCAACUACCCCAGCCUGCUCUCAAUGGCCGAGUACGGCCCCAGCGUCGCCACGCCACGCAUCCUGGACAUGCUGGACGCCCAGGGCAUUCCGGGCAGCUUCUACAUCCCAGGUUACGUUGCGGAAACUCACCCCGACCUGGUGCGCGAAAUCGCCGGUCGCGGCCACGAGGUGGCGCACCACGGCUACAUCCACGAACCUCCAGCCACCAUGACUCCGGACAAAGAAGAGGAGGUUCUGAUCAAGGGCAUCGGCAUUUUGGGGGAACUCACCGGCGAGGCGCCGGUCGGCUAUCGUUCGCCCAGUUGGGAGCUCAGUCCCGUCUCUUUGGACCUGCUGGCCAAGCACAAUUUCCAGUACGACAGCAGCCUGAUGGGCGACGACGCGCCGUACUUCGUGCAGGGCGGCGACCCGCCCCGCAAUCUGGUCGAGUUGCCCAUCCACUGGCUCCUCGACGACGCCCCGCACUUUGCCUAUGCCCCCUCGGCCAACCGCCUGGGACCCAUGCGGAACCCCGACGAGGUGUUUGAGAGCUGGGCGGCGGAGUUCCGUGGCAUCUAUCGCUACGGCCGCUGUUUCAACCUCACCAUGCACCCCCAGUACAUCGGGCGCCCGGGGCGCUUGCUCAUGCUGGAACGCCUGAUUGAAUACAUUAAGACCUUCCCCGGCUCUGGGCCCGCAGCACACGACCGCGGCGGCUGGCCCGACGACACCGCCAUCGACCGCAGCGAGCACGAAUACACCGACUGGGAACGGCGCGUCGACGCGGUUCACCAAGUGCUCGGACAGCAGGGCAUACGCACCACCGACGAGAUGCGCCGCGCCAUCGAGAGCCUGCCGCCGGAACUCUACGAGGCGUUGUCCUAUUACGAAAAGUGGACCGCCGCCCUGGAGAUUCUCCUGAUCGAAAAGGGCAUUCUCACCGCCGACGAGAUCGACGCCAAAACCGCGGUGUUGCGGGAGCAGGGUCUCUGA